AUGUUUUAUGAGAAUGUAGCACAGAGGCUAAAAUAUCGUGUAAAAUUUACUUUUUUUAUGGAUAAGUCUGCAUUUGAGGUGUACAACUAUUUGAAGGAAGAUGAGCUUAAAACAAUGUACUUUGACCGAAGAUACACAGGAACAGAAGACGACUACUUUAAAGAGCUUCUGACUUCAGGGACUAUAUAUGUGGGAAACUUAUCAAAAAAGACCACAGAGGCACAGCUAUACACUCUUUUCUCGCAGUGCGGGAGGAUAAAGCGCGUUAUUAUGGGACUGGAUGCCAAAAAAUACACGCCGUGCGGAUUUGCCUUUGUGCAUUUUGAAAACCCCGAGAUGUCGUCUUUAGCAAGGAAGUUCUUUUCCAAGUACAUGCUGGGGCACUUGCCUCUAUAUAUAGACCUAGACAGCGGGUUUGCUGAGAACCGACAGUUUGGAAGAGGAGUGAAAGGCGGCCAGGCAAGGGACGAUUUCAGUGAUAUUUCAAAAAAGAGAAGACAUGUUUAA